AUGCCUUACGUACCUUCGGUCGCGACUGGGACUUCCGAGUCUGCGCCUCUUACCGAUCCUUCAGCCGUACAGGCGUUGCUGGAACAGCUGAGAACUUCGCAGGCAUGGCAGCAAGCCAUCACGCAACCUCAGCCUGAGCAAGAACCCCCAGAGGUACCCGUUUCGGACACCUCUGAUGCAGGCGCAUCGCAUUCUGUCGCAUCUCUUCUGUCGCAGUUAAAGCAGCCUUCCGGCUGGCCGACCACUGCACCGGUGCCGUCGGAACCAUUUCGAGAGCCAACUUCACAACAAUACCGAACAAAGUCGUUCAGCGCGCUUCAGGAGCCCUCGGUGCCUCAUAUAGAUGUAACGACGCCCCCGAUGCCUGCGGCAAUCCCACAGCGCGCAUCAACGUCUCCGAACCCUGAGUUGAAGUCGUAUAGCUUUCUACAAGCACUGCCUAUUCUCGCCCAGAUGUCCGAGAACCGCGACUUUGUUGACGCGCUCGUGAAGCUCAAGGGGGACCAAGAUGAGCUAGAGCGAAGGCUGUGGAACGAGAGGGCAUCAAUCAGGAAGAAAUAUGAGGACAAGGUAAAAGUUGCCCGAACAAAAGCCAACAUGAUCGGAGCUGGUCUCUCGAAACAUGAUGCCGAUAUGAUGUCAACCGCAUACAAGAACGAACUACGUAAAUUCGAUCUGGAAAGGGUUUUGCCAGCCUGGGACGGGCUAUUAUCCAACCAGCAAACCGCGCUCGCUUCAUUGGGCGUCCCGACUAUGUUCGCUACGACCGCCAAGGCCACGAGAGAGCGCCAGCAAAAGGUGAUGCAGGUGCUGGAAGGGCUCUUGUAA